AUGUUUGCUGCAGCAACUAAAAACUUCGUGAAGCAGGUUGGAGACACAGGGAGGCUGAUCCCAGUCCCCAGUCUAAGCGAGGCGGACCGCUACCAGCCCCUCAGCCUGGUGACCAGGAAGAGAAAGAGACAUUUCUGGAAGAAGAACAAGUACGCAUCCACGCCUUUCUCCCUGAAGGACAUUCUUGUUGGAGAAAAGGAGAUCACGGCAGGAGUGUCCUCUUAUCAGCUCCUCAACUACGAGGACAAGUCUGAUGUAGCUGUUAACGGUCGCCUAGGUAACCACAUCAUCAACGAUGUGGGGUUCAACAUCAGCGGGUCGGACUCUGUGGCCGUCAAAGCUUCCUUUGGCAUUGUGACCAAACACGAGCUGGAGGUGCCCACGUUGCUACGGGAACUUAACUCCAGGAAAGUGGACCUGGACCACUGCUUGGUCCGACAGUCCAAGGAGAGCGGACGAACUGUCCUCUGUGUUGUUGUUGAGAGCAUCAGAACCACACGCCAGUGCUCUCUCACCGUCCAUGCUGGCAUGCGAGGGACAACCAUGAGGUUUCAGAUCGAUGACGGCAGGAACCCCAAAGGUCGGGACAAAGCCAUUGUCAUUCCGGCUCACACUACCAUAGCCUAUGGGAUCUGUGAGCUGUUCAUCCGACUGGAUGGGCGACUCGAUAUCUGUGUUGCUCCAGAGUCUCAGGGUGGGUUUGAAAGGGAACAGAUCCGGGAACAGUUGGGGGGAAUCGUCGGUCGUUUCUCCAUGGGUCGACUGCGCCGCUUCCUGUCUGGGAUCAUCUACGGAAAUCCCUUCAGAGCCGAUGAGCGAACGUUCGAGGAGCUGACCCACACCGACACCUACAUGGACGACGCGGUGGCCGACUACUACGAGAAGGCGGCCAGCAUGACGGACGUGUCCACCGCCUACCUGAGGGAGAGUUCCCACACGCGAGUCAACCUCCUCAAACACAACAUCCCCAAAGGUCCCUGCGCGCUGUGCGGCAUGGGAACCCAGCGGCGGGAAACCGUCUACGGUUGCCUGGAGUGUUCCACCGGAGGACAGAAGUACGUGCGGCUGCACGCGGUGCCUUGCUUUGACCUGUGGCACAAAACUCUCAGGUGAAAAAGGAACGUUUUUGGACAUCUUCGUUGAUGUGCCUCGGAAGAAGAAUCCAAGCAUCACAGUUUAAAAAUU